AUGAAAUUCUGGUUUACUAUAUCUCAUUCGCAAAGUAUUUGUAUUGGAUGUAGUAUAUUAUAUGGUAAAGAUCAAUCAUCAUCCCAACAAUCGAUUUCAAAUUCUUAUGCAGCUGCUUCAACUAUUCUUGAACUUAUGAUUAUUCAUCAUAAACAAUUAUUUACAAAUUCUUCUCAACAAGAACAAACGUCGAAAUCAUUUAAAUAUAUUCAAAGUACACCAGGAUAUCCUCAACCAUCUCCUGGAACACAUCGAAAAAAUAAAGCACCUCGUCCACCAACAUCAUCUUCAAUUAAUCAACAAACAUCAGUUGAACAAGUUAAUUAUGAAAAUAUUUCAUCUGAUUUUAAUUUAAAUAAGAUAAACAAAUAA